AGGUGAGGCUGGGGCGGCCACCAAACCGCGCCGCGCCCGUUCGUGCCCGCCCCGGUGUCCAGCGAUGGCGCCUCCCCCAGGGUCAGCCAGCCCGCCAGCCUAGGUGGGGACACCAGAGGCGGCCCUCGGCGUGCGCCGGGGACGGAGCUGGCCGUCCUCACCAGGUUUGACUUGUGCUGAUUCUGGCCUAAGUUCCAGGAUGGUUUGCUCCUGGGAUCAGACAUGAACAAAGUUGACCUCAUGAGCACUUCACCCUCUCCAGCUGCCAUGCUGCUCCGGAGGCUGAGGAGACUCUCCUGGGGCAGCACUGCCGUCCAGCUCUUCAUCCUGACAGUGGUGACCUUUGGCCUGUUGGCCCCCCUGGCCUGUCACCGGCUUCUGCACUCUUACUUCUACCUGCGCCAUUGGCAUCUGCACCAAAUGAGCCAAGAGUUCCUGCAGCAAAGCUUGAAAGAGGGGGAGGCUGCCCUCCACUACUUUGAGGAGCUGCCCUCUGCCAAUGGCUCAGUGCCCAUCGUCUGGCAGGCCACCCCCCGCCCCUGGCUGGUGAUCACCAUCAUCACUGUGGACAGGCAGCCUGGCUUCCACUAUGUCUUGCAGGUGGUGUCCCAGUUCCACCGGCUUCUUCAGCAAUGCGGCCCCCAGUGCGAGGGGCACCAACUCUUCCUGUGCAACGUGGAGCGUAGCGUGAGCCAUUUCGAUGCCAAGCUGCUCUCCAAGUAUGUCCCCGUGGCUAACCGCUACGAGGGCACUGAGGAUGAUUAUGGUGAUGACCCUUCGACCAACUCGUUUGAGAAAGAGAAGCAGGAUUAUGUCUACUGCCUGGAGUCAUCCCUGCAGACCUACAACCCAGACUACGUCCUGAUGGUGGAAGAUGACGCCGUUCCAGAGGAGCAGAUCUUCCCUGUGUUGGAGCACCUUCUGCGGGCUCGCUUCUCUGAGCCACACCUCCGAGAUGCCCUUUAUCUAAAGCUCUAUCACCCUGAGAGGCUCCAGCACUACAUCAACCCAGAGCCCAUGAGGAUCCUGGAGUGGGUCGGCGUGGGCAUGUUGCUAGGACCCUUACUAACCUGGAUAUACAUGAGGUUUGCCAGCCGUGCAGGGUUUAGCUGGCCCGUCAUGCUCUUCUUCUCUCUGUACAGCAUGGGUCUGGUUGAACUGGUGGGUCGGCAUUAUUUCCUGGAACUGCGGCGUCUGAGCCCUUCCCUGUACAGCGUAGUGCCUGCCUCUCAGUGUUGCACCCCAGCCAUGCUCUUCCCUGCCCCUGCGGCCCGCCGGACCCUCACCUACCUGUCCCAGGUGUACUGCCACAAGGGCUUUGGCAAGGACAUGGCACUGUACUCACUGCUGAGGGCCAAGGGAGAACGGGCCUACGUGGUAGAGCCCAACCUUGUGAAACACAUAGGGCUCUUCUCCAGCCUCCGGUACAACUUUCAUCCCAGUCUGCUCUAAGGGUGCCAAGAAACGCCUUUCUGAAAUUAUCCACUUCUUGGAGAUUCAAAUAUUGAGCUCUUUAUUUAGACAUGGUUGCGUGCAGAUAUUUCAUUGUUUGAUGUUGCUAGGGACACAGGCACUGGGACAGCUGAGGAAUAUACAUAAGUCACGAGCCUUGGCUUUGGUAACCCGCUGGCAGGAGCAGCAGUUUGCCACAGGUCCGGACCUGUCUCCCUCCCACACAGCCACACUGCCUCAUGCAGACUGACCCACCCAGCAAGGGUGCAUUUAAAUACCCGUUGUAUUCUCCAGUUGUUUUUAAGCUCUGCUUUGUAAUAGAGCUUGUGACUGCCAAAAAUCUCGUGCACGUUGAUAUGACUUUUAGGAUUUUAAGGGUAGAAUUUUGUGAAAGGUAGCAUGAUGUUAUAGAAGAAAAAGCAGGGACUGUGACAUCAGAAGACCUGACCUUUUAUUUCAGAUCUCUGCCACAUCCUAAUGAUGUGACCUUGGGCAAGUCAUAUAACCACUUUGGGUCUCAGUUUCUUCACCUGUAAAAUGAGGACAGUAAUACGUACCUUUUAAAGUUGCCUCAAGGAUUAAAUGACAGAAUGUAUGUAAAACACCUCACAAGUAGAGGACACUUGGCAAAUGUUCUUUUCUCUCCUGUAAUUAGCAUAUAAACUCAAGUGUAUUUUGGUUAAAGAUAUUGGUGAUGCUUUUUAAAUUAUGAGAUAGGGUAUUGGGCUGACACCUAUGUAGCAGCUGUUCCAGAUCAACACUGCUAGAAUACAGGGCUGACUUUUCAUUGUGGCCUCUGAAGGACAUGCAGCUCAGCUUUCAUCUAGCCCCACCUCCAACCAAGCCAAACAUAAGAAUUGUUCAUUCAAACUGGAAAUGAUCUGAGACUCCUCUUGAGCAUAUUCUAAGACAAGCAUCUGAAAAUUACUAUUCUUAAAAGUUACCAAUAAAUAUCCUUUAACAAUACUUACCAAACUAGUAACCAGCAAGUCCCUUUAUGAGGAUGCAUGAUUAUAUGAGCUCAAGUGGUUGUCCAGUUUGUUUUGAUGGCAUGUCUUCCAUUUGCUUUUAAAUUUCCACAGUGAGCUUCCAUCUUGAGGUCUGCUCCAGAACACUGAGGGAGUAUGUCAGGGACAUGCUCUACAGAUGAACACAUUGAGACCCAGAGAUGUUAAACGGCUUUUUCAGGUUCACAUGCCUGGAACAGCAGCAAAGCCAGCAUGGGCACAUAGCUCUUGUGACUUCCAGCCCCUGCACUUUUCUCUUAACCACUUUAAUUUAGAAAUAUCUUUGUGGUCAAAGUCUCUUUUGUAAAAUCCUAGUGUAACCUGGAUUAAAUAAUGUCUCUGUAACCUAAGAUGGUAGAAACUGUUGUCAUGUGAGUCUUGGGGAACAAACAGAUACAAGUUUGUGUUGUAUUGUUGUAGUGAGCUGUUUUGUGUCCCCCAGCAAUGUCCAAGGUGAUCAGAGCUAUGAGACCACCUAUUAUGGAUUCCACACGUUCAUUCCUCCUCUCCCAGUAACUGGUCCACCCCUAAGUUUUAGAAUGGAAGCACCUCCAACUUAGCACUCAUUAGAGUUUGUUGCAUUAAUGAUUGGGUCUGCUCAUGAAAGUUUUUUGACCAGUGACCAGAGAGCCACUUUAAGCUGGCCGGACCCAAGACAGGAAAUCACUGUUGGUUUAUGUUUCUGCUCUUCUAAUUUAGUUGUCUACUGCUUGCAGACAUCCCCACCUCUGAUUCCUCCAUUCUGGGUGUCCAGUUUCUUUACCUGCACAGUUCACACCAAAGCUAAAAUCUCUCAUGUAAUUGUAAGCAAGGGGCUAGAAGAGAACUAAGACACCAAGACAUCAAGGGACAUACGUUACCAGGAGGGUGGAGGUCUCUAACAGUCUUGCUCACCUUUCAGAGUUUAAAUUAUAGUCAGGCCUAAGAAGAUCCCUAUUGUGACUGUGUGUAUUUGCAUAGACAUGUCAGUUAAAAUAAAAGCACCAUUCUGCUGA